UAAUAAUAAUAACCAUAUAUCAAUCUAUAAAUAUCAGUACCAUUAAUAUAUCAGCCAGACUGUUAUUAUUUCUGCAGUAUGAUAUGAAUCUAUAAUUGUUAGUCCUAAUUAAAUUCAACAAAAUAAUUAACUCACUGAUUUUUAUUACUUGUAAUAAGUGUAGUAUGUUAAUUAAAUUAAUUUAUUAAUUGAUGUUUAUCAAAGUAUAUUUUUAUUAACAAUAUAUAUUUAUAAUGACCAUGUUAAUUUAUUGGAUAUUACUAUUACUGGGGUUUGCUUCUGGAAGAAUUCAUAAACUUGAUAUACGGAACGAUGGCAGACGUUACAUCGCAUUAACAACAUUUGGAUUUUAUCAACGUGGAAGUCUUACUGUUAAUCUAACAAACUUCAAGGUUAAACCAUUUAAGGACACCGAUAUUUAUGGAUUUAGUUUAGAUAGAACAAAAAGUGAUACUGUUAAUCCAUAUUUAGAUAGUCAUCAAGAAAAAUGUUUGUUGCAAGGACCAAUAAAUCCACAUAAUGAUUUUGACUCUAAAGACGAUAGUGCUGUUAUUUAUUUUAUUAUGGAUUUAAAAAAUUUACAAUUAAAAGCAACAUGUAGUUCAAACGUUAAAUCAUUACAUAUUUAUAGUGAUAUACAUCAAUUACCGAGUUUUAGAAAAAAAAGGGGAUCAAUAUCUGGAUUUAGUGAUACUCAGUUAUUUCCACGUCGUAAACGUGAUACAUCACUUGACACUAAUGUCGAGGAAAAAAGUGAAGCUAAUUCACCGUGUUCUAAUGUCAAACUCAACAUGACUAUGGAAACUAUUGAUGGAGAAAAAUAUUUAAAUACUAGCUUUGCUAUGUACGUUAUGAAUGAAGAUGAAGAAGGACUCUACAAUUUUUACUUCCACAACUGUCAUAAUUAUUACGAUAAUGACAGAUCGUUAGUUAAUUUUACGAUGCAUAUCACAGAGAUUAAUAAUGGAAAUUUUUUGAGUGCUGGUGAAAUGCCACUGCCUGCUCUUUACUUUAUGAUGGCUCUAUUAUUCUUUUUUUCUGGUUGUUUUUGGGUUUUGAUAUUAAAAAAAAGCAAAAACCCAGUAUUUAAAAUUCACUAUUUAAUGGCAGUUUUGGUUUUUUUAAAAUCUUUUUCUCUACUAUUUCAUGGAAUAAAUUAUCACUUUAUACAAACAAAAGGUGAACAUGUCGCAGCUUGGGCAAUACUUUAUUACAUAACUCAUUUAUUAAAAGGAGCUGUAUUAUUUAUUACAAUUGUUCUUAUUGGAACUGGUUGGGACUUUAUAAAACAUAUCCUAGCUGAUAAAGAUAAAAAACUUUUUAUGAUUGUUAUACCUCUACAGGUAUUAGCUAAUGUAGCAGAAAUAAUAAUCGAAGAAAGUGAAGAAGGUGACAUAGAGCAUAAAACAUGGCGAGAUGUAUUUAUACUGGUAGAUUUACUUUGUUGCGGAGCUAUUCUAUUUCCCGUGGUCUGGAGUAUCAGACAUUUACAAGAAUCAGCAAAUACUGACGGCAAAGCUGCCAUUAAUCUUCAAAAACUAAAACUAUUUAGACACUUCUAUAUCAUGAUCGUUUGUUAUAUUUAUUUUACACGAAUAAUUAUGUACUUAUUAAAGAUGACUGUACCAUUCCAAUACGAAUGGUUAGAUGAAAUGUUUAGAGAAAUGGCAACUUAUGUAUUCUUUGUCUUAACCGGUUAUAAAUUUCGACCAGCAUCAGCAAAUCCCUAUUUUACAGUGAAUGAUGAUCUUGCUGGUGGUGAUGAUGAUGAAAUGGAUGUUGUUCUUUUUUCUAGUGUAUCUGGUGCAAGUGGAUUUGCUCAGGGUCUUGGAAAAGUAUCAAAAGCUAAAAAAUUAAUAAGACCACAAACGACACAAAUUGUUGCCAAUGAAGAAGAAUGUGAAAGUCUGAUUAAUAAACGCGAAGCUUCUUACGAUUACGAUUGAUAAAUUUAUUAAUCGUGCAAUAAAUACUUAUAUUUUAUAAUCUUGUGACUAAAGUACUAUAAAAAAAAUAAGAAACAAAACAAAAAUAAUAAACAAGUGUCUACAUAGCAUAAGUCUUCUCAAAAACUCACAACAACUCAACAAUUGUACUAAAAGAACUAUUUUGAUUACCAAUUUGAAAGCCAUUUAUACUUGAAUUAUUAAUUUUAUAAAAUAUAUUGCAAUACGAGCUUAAAAAAAAAAAUAGCCUUAUUGUACUAAUAAUUUAAGUUAAGAAAUUAGUUACUGCUUAUUUAUUCCAUUAGAUAUUUAGUUGAUAAUUCCAGUUUUCCAAUUGACAAUAUUUUUAUUUUAUUCAAUAAUAAUAUUUAAUAUUAUUAUUAUUACUAAUGAUGAAAUUAAGACUCAGUUCGAAUCUUUGUGAAUAGUUUUACGAGAUUAGUUUUAUUUAAGUGUAUGAUUUUUUGAUGUUUAUCAUACUUUGCUAUUUCUUUAAGUAG